AUGGCGUCGUUGGCGUUCCCUUCAACAUCAGUACUGCCUGAUCCGUCGCAUCGAAUCUCGACCGGAUCCAAUUCUAGCCAAGGGAGCUCUGGAUUUGAAAGCAUGAAGUCGCAUGGAACUGCUUCUGCUUCAUCGUCUUCAUCGUCGUUCCACACAUCAUCACUCCUCACCCCUAGUCAUACAGACUCCCCACCUAGUCGAAUAAGUGUACAUUCAAGUGGAAGUGGUGGCAGUGGAUCAUCCUCACUCGCUUCAUCAUCGGUUGACGCACUUGACGAGUCGUUUUACUCAUCAACAUCGGAAGCGCCAGUCAAUGUCACACAAAUGGUGGCGAAAGGCGUGCCCGAAGCUGAAAUUCUAGCCAUCUGGUUGGAUAAGAUUGGCAUGGCGGAAUAUCUGGCGCUAUUUCUCACACAAGGAUACGAUUUGUCCUCAAUAGCAGUUCUAGCUCGAAUCACCCCGGAAGAUCUUCUCACUCUCGGUAUCACAAACCCCGUCCAUCGAAAACGACUUAUCACUGAGAUCCAUAGUUGGCAGAUUACUGACAGUUGGCCAUCUGUCCCUCCUCAGGGCGGAUUAAGCGAAUGGCUAACGCUACUUGCCUUACCAGAAUACAUAAGCGUUUUCGACUCACAAGGAUAUGACUCAGUGCAAGAAGUAAUGAAGCUAAGCUGGGAAGACUUUGAAGAUAUAGGAGUAAAGAGGCUAGGACAUCUGAAGCGGCUGGGCUUGGCUAUCAAAAAACUUAAGGAUUAUCGACGUUCGAUGAGUAAUCCAUUGGACACGGUGGCAAAUGCAAGCAAAGUCCAUCCAGUGCAGGUGCCCUCGCCGAUGCUCUCAGCACGCUCCGUCGCUCCUCCACAGGAGCAAACAAUUCCUCCUCCAAGAAGAAAUGAUCCACCACCUCCAGCUCCCUCUAGUUCAUAUCGAGCAAAAGCAAACUUGAAUGGAAAUAUUGACUACAUAAGCUACUCGAGGGGAUCAAAAAAUCCCCCUGCUCCCCCAUCUAGAUCUACUGAAGAAGUUCCUGGAACUUACUCCGAGCUAAGGAGAUCCUCCAAAGGAUCUGAGGCCAGCCGUGAACGUGAUACUCCUUCAGUACUUGGUGCUCCAAAUGCUGACUGCCCACCUCCGCCUGCUCCUCUGCAUUGCGAAGGAUCAAUUCGUCGUUUGCAACACGCAUUCCAGUCAUCUGCAGGAAGCAGCGGUGGUUCUUCAUCCAGUUUGGAACAACUGCCAUUUGCCAAUGAGAAUUGUGGAACAAUCAAAUCUAGAGAUAAUACAGCAAGAAAAUCUUCAAGUAUUUCACAACCGCAAACGCCUCGAAAGACACUGCCAAUGACGAUUCCCGAUUGCUCAGCAUCUAGCUGUGAUAAGCCCACGCAUCCAGUUGGUCCGAACGGCAAUGUCCUAUCCGACAUCGGUUUCAUGCUACAAAAUCUGACAGAUGAACUGGAUGCGAUGUUGGAUCCUGCAAAACCAACAGCUAAGAUGCCCCCUCUGUUUCCUGUAUCCAAAUAG